UCAACUAAGACUAUGCUCAAUUGGUCUUGUCCUGCCUUGAUGAUGAUGCAUGCUUUUUUUAGUUAGCAUUUGCAUGUGACUUGGUAGAAGCGCACUGUUUUAAUGUUCAUGUGUUAAGACAUUUAUGGUUCAUCCCCAACAUUCAUUUUCAUAUUUCAAUUUCAUGUUUGACAUUCACGUUUUAGCUUUUAAUGCUAUUAAUUGUGGUGGGAGGAACAAGGCAGAACACUGACAGGAAGUUUUGAAGUUGUUCCUGGACGUGUGUGUGUGUGGAGGGGGCAGAGGGUCCAGUUCCAGUUCCAUUUUUAACUUGCUUCCAUCACUGCACUUCACAGUAGACAAGAGAAGAUUCUUCUUUUUGAAGCUCGCAAUCACAAAUAAUUCCACAAUGUUUGUAAACUUCUCACUACCAAUAACUGCAGCAGUGACAUUGGCACAUCUGGUUAUAGCACAAGGCGCAGAUAUAGAACCUGCACGGAUUUUUGGCUCUACUUCACGUGUUAUAAUAGGCCAAGAUUUUGAUUUGAGGUGCAGCACGUAUGGAUUAACAAAAGCAAACGAGCAAGUGUUUGUUUACCUCUGCAAGAAUGGAGUCGGCCUACAAAGGGCCACAACCACAAGUCACGACAUCCCUUUUACAAUCAAAAGUGCCACACUAAACCAUACAGGAAACUACAGCUGUGUGUUCUCAAGGAAUAAGCAUACUCCUGCUGAGGUCAAUGUAGAGGGAGACAUGCCAGUCUUUAUCAAAGUGAUUGAUUUUGUACACCCCGCGAUAAUUACUGUAGAUGAAUCCAAAGUAAGUCAAGGGGCAGAGGUGGAAUUCAGGUGUACUUCGGAGGAGAGUCCAGACACAGACAUCCUUCAUGCAUACCUCUGCAAGAAUCACCGUGUCACUGAUGUGAAUAUAUGGGAUUCUGUGAAGAAACAAGCUCGUUUUCAUAUGGGACGAGUCCAAGUAGAUGGCUCGGGCAACUACAGCUGUGUGCUGUCCCAGAGGUUGCUGGCUGCAAAGGAAUUGGACAUGUGUGGAAGAAAUGCAGUAUUCCUGCAGGUUUACGACACACACCCCGUUGGGAUUGUUGUCAAGUCUGAAGGGAAUCCAAAAUGCAAUGAGAACCUCUUUCGGAUGCUGUGCUCUGUUGGAGUGGCUAUGAUAGCUGUGGUUGUUCUGGCCAGUAGUCAUAUUUGUCGACGAAAAGAUGUGUGAGGGACUAGAGGAGCCGUCCCGUGUGAGCAUCCCCAUGGUGACCCUAGCAGUUCCCAUGGUAUCCCUGCCAGAGAGGACUUAGCCACGCAGUGCUCCACAUGCAAAUAUACUUGUGUGUGUGUGUGUGCGCGUGUGUGUCGGUAUGUCUCUGUAUGUCUUUAUGUGGGACAGGGACAGUGACAGUGUUUUGCGAUUCUAUAUAAGAUAACCAGUAUUCUAUGAAAUUUGCAGGUUCUUCACUGAAAACGUUAGCACUAACAGUGAUUUUCUAACAACAUUAGUUAUUAUGAUGCUGAAAUAUUACGAAGUAAAUUCAGCAGGCUAAAAUAGCUUAAAUAUCUAUGUCAAAUAAACUGUAUUUGACACAAUUGAUCUUUUUUUUUUUUAAAUCCCUGCUAUUUCCAAUUAAAUAAUAAGAAUUGAGCACUUCUUUUCAACAACAAAUUGGUUAGAUAUUAUGGAAUGUUGUGUGUUUCAGUUUUCUGCAAACAAUAAAGAUACGUAUUUUAAAAUGACAGGAAUUUGAGGGUGGUUUGUGCCAACAUUAUGUUACAAUUGUCCUGGUGCUUUAAUUUGUACUUAUUAAUAAUGUACUUAUAAUUAUUAAACAUUUUGAGGCACACUGACGUAUGUGGGUACUUUUACACUUUCCCUGAUUGUGAAGUUAUCCAAAAGCUGAUUUUUGCACCCUAAUAUUAACAUUUGACAUGUUUAAUAUUAGGCUGCAACUCAGCAUGCAGAAGUACAUGCACAAAAUGUAGGCUACACGCAUUAUGAUGGGCAUAACAAACAAAAAAUACUCUAUAUAGCCUAUAUUCAUUAUUUUUAAGAUCAGUUGAAAAUAAGGAACUUUUCAAAUUGAGAAAUAUAUGCACAAGUGCAUGUAAAAUGUAGCCUCUUUACAGCCCAUUUCAAUGAAGUGUUUAACAAACACCAGUAUGACCAGACGUCCUGGUUUAAUCGGCACAGUCCUGAAUUUGAGUUGCAUGUCCCGAGUCCCGACACAAGCCUGAAGGGACGCUAAAAUGUUCUGGUUUACACCAACCACUGUGAAAGUGUCCCGGUUGUCAGUGAUUACAUAGCCAACAUUAUAGCCUGCUCAUUAACUAGGCUAAACCCACGAAGAGAGAUUAUAGCCUAAAGCAUCCAGCGAUUUCAACAAUGUGUGUCCCACAUAUCCACUUGGCUGGAGGUUUCAGAAAUAUUCAGUGAUAAAUCCUCUGUUUUCGUGUAAAUGAAAGGCCAAACCACAUGGAAAUACAUGCAUUUUUCCUAUGUGUAAACCAGGUCUUAGAAACCAUUUGUCUAGCUUCUAGCCACAGCGUUUUUGUUGUUUGUCGUACAAAGCCUAAUUUGAUUGGUCCGAACAGCUCUGGUUCGGGUAUAGUUGCUCCACAACGGAACGAGUCCAGACCGAACUUCCCAACCUCAAAUGUUGUGGGCAACCGCAUUGCAAUUAACACGUUAAUGCUGACAGCCUUAUAAUAACAUUUAGUAGAGUCGCUAAGGGAAGUAAACAAACACUGUGAGUGGGUUUAGAAAUACCUGAAUGUGGAAACAUAUAAUUGGUAGGCUACAAAGCAACUUCAUGUUGGUUAACAGCAAAAGCACAACAACGUUGCGAUACCUGCAUCAUCAAUCAAUGACAAUCAUACAAUGAAAAUUACCAGGAUAAGGCUGGCUGUGAAUUAUGUGUCCCUACAACAUCACUAUGCACUAGAUUUGUAUUUUCAUUUUAGUUAGCUAAAACUUCUUAAUUUUUCUGAGAUGUUACAUCACAUGAUCACAUAAUGAUGUAAUUUUCAGAAAAGGUGUGUGUGUGUGUGUGUGUGUGUGCGUGUGUAUUCAUAGAGCAUCCACAUGUAUUUGAAAUUGAAACCCUUCACACAAUAUUGGUGGUUAUAUAAUAUAAUGUUUAGACAAGACCAGCAGGUGGUGCAAAACCUUACAACACCAUGGUGUCCCACUUUUGUCUGAUGGUCUCAACAGACUUGAGGAUAGGCUACAGACUAAAAGUUACAGGCAUGUUAAAUGGUCUGCCCUUUAACCACUCUUUUACUGUGUUUAAAGGGACAUUUUGGGAA